AUGAAGAGUGAGCUGAAUACAAAUUACUCAGAGGUGACUGAGUUUAUUCUUUUGGAAUUUAGAACCUCUCAACAGCUACAGAUCCUUUUGUUCUUAUUGUUCUUGGUAAUUUACAUGGUCAUUGUGGCAGGAAAUGUCAGCAUAAUAACUGUGAUUACCAUGGAUUCUAAACUUCAAACACCCAUGUAUUUCUUCCUUAAAAACUUGUCCUAUUUAGAUCUUUGCUAUGCCACAGUCAUUGCACCCAAAACCAUAGCCAAUUUCUUGAGCAAUGAAAAGAAGAUUUCAUAUAAUGGCUGUGCAGCACAAUUUUUCUUCUUUGCCUUGUUUGUCACAGCUGAAUGCUUUCUUUUGGCUGCGAUGGCUCUCGAUAGAUUCUCAGCCAUUUGCUGUCCUCUCCUUUACCCUGUGCACAUGUCACACAAAGUUUGUGUUCAGUUGGUAGCUGGAUCUUAUAUCUGUGGAUGCAUAAAUGCAAUAGUGCAAACAAGUUUCACUUUCAGUUUGCGAUUUUGUCAAGAAAACAGACUGGAUCAUUUUUUCUGUGAUGUCCAAGCAUUAAUCAAGAUUUCCUGUGUUGAUACCUUUGUAAAUGAAAUUGUGCUGCUUAUUCUCUCUGCUUUCAUUGUCAUCAGCACCACAAUAGCAAUUCUGUUUUCCUAUGUAUACAUCCUCUCCUCUGUCCUGAAGAUUCCCUCAAUCCAAGGCAGAAGUAAGACUUUCUCCACUUGUGGCUCCCAUAUAGCAGCAGUGAGUUUAUUCUAUGGAACUGUGUUCUUCACAUAUGCUCAGCCUGGGGCCAUCUCUUCACCAGAGCAAAGCAAGAUUGUAGCUGUAUUCUAUACACUUAUAAUACCAAUGCUGAACCCUCUAAUAUACAGCCUGAGAAACAGAGAUGUAAAAGAUGCUAUGAAAAGGAUAUUCUGUGAGAAAUGGUGCUUUCAGUGA